ACCCCCACACAACCAAAACAUUCUCUAUCUUCAAACACCUUUCUCUUAAAACUCUCUCAGUCAUAUGUUUUUAAUCUCAUGUCCUACUAAACCUUACAAGCUCUUCCGAUCACCGGGGAAACCGGAGUUUAAACCCGCGACCGGGACAUUAAAAGUGAGGUAAACUACUACUAAGAUGGCAAUGAUGAGUUGGGAACAGAGGGGUUUGCUAAACGAGCUUAUUCAUGGACUAAAAGCUGCAAAGCAACUCCAAGCUUCACCGUCGCCUUCGCCAUCGCCAUCGCCAUCGUCAUCUUCUUCUUCGUGUUUGACAAGAGAGAUGAAGGAUACCCUCUUGCAUCAGGUGGUUUCUUCUUACGAGAACGCUAUUAUGAUGCUAAACGGAACACACAAUCCAACGACAGAGAGGGCAACGUAUCCGAUGGCUAACUCGGGUAAGGUUCCGGAAUCUCCAGUGUCGAUUACCGGAAGUCCGAAAAGCGAAGAGUUUCUUGAUGAUGGAUCCAAAGAUUACACCUUAAGUUCUAAAAAGAGGAAGAUGUUGCCAAAGUGGACAGAGCAAGUGAGGAUUAGUCCAGAGAGAGGCUUAGAAGGACCUCAUGAUGAUCUCUAUAGCUGGAGAAAAUAUGGCCAAAAAGACAUUUUGGGCGCCAAAUACCCAAGGAGUUAUUACAGAUGCACAUUUCGUAACACACAACACUGUUGGGCAACGAAACAAGUUCAAAGAUCGGACGGUGAUCCAACGAUCUUCGAAGUAACAUACAGAGGAACACACACUUGCUCACAACAGGGGAACACACCUCAACUGAAACGAGAAACCAAACCAAAUAACCCAAUCAUAAAAACAAUAAAUUACCAAACUACCCUCCUCGACAGUCUCAGGACCAAUCUCACCGUACGUACCAACGGACUCGAAGGCGAAGCUUUCUCCUUCCCCGUUACUCCGCCGCCUUUUUACUCUCUCGACUCCAUCCACGGUGGAGGAACGUUUCGCCACGUGGGAAACUCUUGUCCGUCGGAUUUCACCGGGUUGAUCUCUACUAAUACCUCCACAGGAAGUUCUCCAAUCUUCGACGUUGAUUUUCAUUUUGAUCCUACGGCUGAGAUAGACGCAGGCUUCCCCACGUUUUUACACGAUUCUAUUUAAUUAUUUAUUCUUGAGAUUAAUU